CAGGUGCCUUCAUUCAACGGCUCAAGCUAUCUUCGCUACCCAGGUCUUGCCGGGUCUGCUCUAUCUUGGUUGGACGUACAAAUUACGUUGAAGCCCACGGCACCAGACGGAGUUAUUCUCUACAAUGGCCGACGUUCUGAUGGCGUCGGCGAUUUCGUCGCCAUUUACAUGAGUGACGGACAUCUCGAGUUUACUUUUGACUUAGGAACUGGUGCAGCAACCAUCCGGAGCGCCAAGCGCGCGGCGCUGGGCGCGUGGCACGAGCUGCGCCUGUCGCGCACGGGGCGCUUGGCCGUGCUGCAGCUGGACCGCGAGCCGCCCGCGCAGGCGCUGGCGCCGGGGGCCUUCACGCAGCUGUCGCUGCCACAGAGCCUCUACAUCGGCGGCGUGCCCAACUUCGAGCUGGUGUCCCCCAAGGUCCGCGUUCGAUCCUCCUUCGUCGGUUGCAUCCAGAAGGUGGUGGUGAACGGGCGGCCGCUGCAGAUCGUGUCUGCGGCGCUGGGCGGCGUCAACGUGGACAACUGCCCGCACCCGUGCGCCGCGCAGCCGUGCGGCCGUGGCGGGCAGUGCGUGCCGGAACGCGACUCCUAC